AUGAUAUCAAUGAAGCGCAUGUUUGCUUUUACGUUUGCAUCGGCUGUCCUUUUGGCUUUGACCAUGCAUGAAGAAGCAGCGGCCUUUCCCUUGAAUCAAAUCAAGACGCGCGGGUUAGUCCAGCGUGAUGUUGGCAUGAUGAUGGAGAAUCCAAAUCAGGAAGCCCACUUGAUUGAACGAGGCGAUUAUGAGGUCGAGAAGCCAAAGAACACUGCGCCGGUCUCACCUGCGUACGAUUCGUCGCCCAAGGUUCCCGCGGUGCCAGCCUAUAAGCCGGAGCCGGAGUCACCAAAGUAUCCUACCCAGAAACACCACAAACCUGAGCAUGAGCCACCAAAGUUCCAUGAACCUGAGCAUAAGCCGCCAAAGUACCCAACCCCACCUACCCACAAACCGAUGCCUGAGCCACCCAAGACUCCCACUCCACCUACCUAUAAGCCGACUCCUGAGCCACCCAAGUACCCAACCCCGCCUAAGACUCCAAUUCCACCCAAAUACGAGCCAACUCCCGAGCCACCAAAGUAUCCGAGCCCUCCCAAGACUCCCACUCCACCUACCUAUAAGCCGACUCCUGAGCCACCCAAGUACCCAACCCCGCCUAAGACUCCAAUUCCACCCAAAUACGAGCCAACUCCCGAGCCACCAAAGUAUCCGAGCCCUCCCAAGACUCCCACUCCACCUACCUAUAAGCCGACUCCUGAGCCACCCAAAUACCCAACCCCGCCUAAGACUCCAAUCCCACCCAAGCACGAGCCAACUCCCGAGCCACCCAAGUACCCAACCCCGCCUAAGACUCCAAUUCCAUCCAAGCACGAGCCAACUCCCGAGCCACCCAAGUAUCCAACCCCGCCCAAGACUCCAAUUCCACCCAAAUACGAGCCAACCCCUGAGCCACCCAAGUAUCCAAGCCCUCCCAAGACUCCUACUGAACCUGCCUAUGAAAAGACCGCUGAGGCACCAAAAUAUCCUACCCCACCUACCUAUAAGCCAACACCUUAG